AUGGAUUUAGAAAUGUAUAAUUUUUUUACAGAAUAUCUUAGCAGACGAGAGAGGCCUAAGACUCGAGAACCAUUGCAUCCGAUAAAAGUAGGUCAGCCCUUUGAUCAGAUUGGCAUUGAUAUUGUAGGUCCGCUUCCAGAAACACCAGAAGGAUAUCAUUAUAUAGUUGUAGCCACAGAUUAUCUUACCAAGUGGCCAGAGGCCCGUGCACUUAAAAGUGCUGAUGCUGAAUCUGUUGCCUUUUUCUUUUUGGAUGAUAUAAUAUGCUACCACAGAAGUCCCCGUGAGCUACUCUCUAAUCAGGGUACUCACUUUUGUAAUAAACUAGUGGAUGCUAUUUGUAAACAGAUGAAAGUUCGCCGUCGCACAUCCACCACUUACCAUCCCCAAACCAAUGGAUUGGUGGAAAGAUUUAAUAGGACUUUAUGUGAAGUACUGGACAAAUGUAUUGGACAAUAUGAUGGGAAAUGGAUCGAAUUUAUCUCAACAGCUUUGUUCGCUUAUCAAACUACUCGGCAUCAUACUACCCGGUAUGAGCCAUUUUUCUUAGUUUAUAGCCGCGAUACUAUAUUACCGGUUAAAACAGUUGUAAUAACAUAUCCAGCUGAGCCAACUACCGAAGCCGAGACCCAAAAUUAUCUUUUCUGA